GCACCCACCUGUGCCACUCUGCAGUGUCACACACCUGUGCCCAGAAGUGCCACCUACCUGUGCCCAGCAGUGCCACCCACCUGUGCCCACCCACCUGUGCCCAACACUGCCACCCACCUGUGCCCACCCACCAGUGCUGCCAGUCAGUGCCACCAGUCAGUGUCCAGCGGUUGUGCCAGUCAGUGCCGCCAGUCAGUGCCCAGCAGUGAUGCCAGUCAGUGCCGUCUAUCAGUACCCAUCAUCAUGCCCUUUAGUGCUGCCUAUCAGUGCCCAUCAGUGCCGCCUAUCAGUGACCAUCAGUGCUGCCUCAUCAACGCACAUCAG